AUUUUUUUACGGCUGGCAACCCUGGGACUAACCUUUAUGUUUAUAUACUCUUUGCUCAGUAUUGAAUACAUAAGUACCGUUCGCUGCAGCUUUAACAAUUAGCAUUUUUAAAUAAAAUAAUUUCAAAAACAAUGGCUGUGAGCUACUACAAUGAGAAUGAGGCUCCACGAGAUUUUCGUGUGACUACCCCUGAGAGCGAGGAAAUCUAUGCAAAAUGCCGUCUCUGUUGUACGAUGAAGAAACACUUCUAUUGUGUAGAUUGUAUUCGAAAUGGUCGUUUUAUCCAUUCCUCGAUUCCUUACUCGUACAGUUUUUCAGACAAACAACACAGUUUGAUGAAACUUAAACUCUGCCGACAAACUAUUAUGGAACAAUGCAAGAUAUUACUGACACCGAAAUUGAAAAAAGAUGUACUAGUCACAGAAGUGAAGCAAUCCAAAGAUAAAAUAGAUUUAUUAAGAUUAGCAAUAGAACAACGACGGAGUAUAGUUGAGAAAAAGAAAAAAGAAUACAUACAACUACAGAAAUACAAUAAUGAUAUUAAAUUAAGGCUGCCGAGAUACCAAAAGAGGGUAUCUAAUAUAAGGAAGCACUUGCAGCAACAAAAAACCGAAUUGCAGAACAAAAUUAGUGUAUAUAGUGAUCAGUCUCAUUCUUUAGCAGCUCUCCGACGAUCGAGAAUACGUCAGCUAAUUAGAUACAUCUUUCCGAUAUAUAUUAGCUACGAUCUUAGGUGAGAAUAUUUAUUUUACUAUUUGUAAUUAUUUUACAGGCAAUGUGGCUUUGAAAAAAAAAAGGUUCUAAAUAGAUAAAAGCACUGCUUAAUUGCUAUCUAAACCAUGUGGGUGACUUGUACGUGCUUGACAACAAAUUGACACUACAAGGAAUGUUGUCUAUUAGUUUUUAAGAAUUAUCUGCUUUUUAGAGAUUUUCAUAUAAACUUAAUUUGUGUUUCUAAGAUUUCUUUUACAAAAAAAUGGGAAACUCAAAGAUUUAUGAA